UUGGAUACUCAAUCCAAGCACCAAACCGAGCAAUCUAUCUAGGGUUUACAAACCCAAAACCUUUUUGUCACCCCUUACAGUGCUUCUCCUCAAACACCCAUUUCAUCCAACCCAUCCGAUUCUUCAAUUCAGCUUCUGGGUUUUCAAGAUUCAAUCAGAAAAUUCUAAAUUCUGCACCAAAGGUGUGAACUUUAUAUCUGUAAGUAGUUCGUUCUGUUCUCAUUUCUUUUCACCAGCUUUGUAUGAAGGAUUCUUGAUUUAUACAGCAUAAAAAAGUGGUUUAUUUUGGCUCACUGGUUGUAAAGAUUGAAUCUUUUUACAAGUUCCUAUAGGAAUUAUUUAAUGGGGAAAUCAGGUGGUAGGAAGAAAAAGGGUGGUGUUAGUCAAAAUCAAAACCAGAAUCAAGUGGCUGUAGGGGAGAACGAUAAACCUGUUGUUGUUAAUGGCAGUGCUGAUUUGGACUCAUCAAUUUUCUUAAAAAGAGCCCAUGAGCUGAAAGAAGAGGGAAACAGAAGGUUUCAGGGUAAGGAUUAUGUAGGUGCUUUACAACAAUACGAGAGUGCUCUCAAACUUACCCCAAAGACACACCCAGAAAGAGCUGUUUUUCAUAGCAAUAGGGCGGCCUGUUUGAUGCAAAUGAAGCCCAUUGAUUAUGAUUCUGUUAUUUCUGAAUGUACGAUGGCACUUCAGGUUCAGCCUCGUUAUGUUCGGGCCCUUCUACGAAGGGCUCGUGCAUUUGAGGCUGUGGGGAAGUAUGAAAUGGCGAUGCAAGACGUGCAGAUACUAUUGGGUGCUGAUCCGAAUCACCGAGAUGCUUUGGAGAUUGCUGGACGAUUGAGAAUGGCACUUGGUCCUCGUCCAGAGGCCCAACAGGACCUCCAGAGCCGCCCAUCUCCAGCUGCACUUGGUGCUUCUGCAGUGGGUGCGGCUCCUAUUGCUGGCUUAGGACCAUGCUUACCUGCUCGGCCAAUGUCUAAGAAGCCAGCACCUUCAGCUGGGGCUUCAGCUAUAUCAGUUACUAAUAAGCCAGAGAAGCCAUAUCAAUUUACACCAGCUGAAAAUGGUCCUCAACCUAAAGUUCAGUUGCCAAAGGUUGUUUUGAAGCCCUCAAAUGGUCCUUCCAAACCACGUCCAGAUCACAAUAAGGAUGACCAAAGAGAGCAGGCAUCUUUAUCAGUAUCAAAUGUUGUUCGUGGACAUUCCAAAGGUGUUGCGAUUCGUUGGAGGCCGUUGAAGCUUGUUUAUGAUCAUGAUAUAAGGCUUGCCGAAAUGCCUGUGAACUGCAGCUUUAGAGUGUUGAGGGAUAUUGUUAGCAAACGGUUCCCAAUGUCAAAGUCUGUUCUUGUUAAAUAUAAGGACAGUGAUGGUGAUUUAGUAACUAUUACCUGUACGACUGAGCUUAGGUCGGCAGAGUCUUGGGUUGAUGGUCUACUACCAAAAGACCCCGACGCUGAUAAAACAGACUCCAUUGGGAUGCUAAGGUUGCAUGUCGUUGAGGUGAGUCCUGAACAGGAGCCGGCUUUGUUGGAAGAGGAAGAGGAGAAGCUUGUCGAGAGCGAACCGAGUAAAGGGGAUGAUAGUGGAUCCCAUUCUUCAAUAAGUGAUUCUGUGGUUGAAACUGUGGAUAAUGAGAGCAACAUGGCAGAGAAGGACGCUACCAAAGAGAAAGUGGCAACAACGGAAAAUCCUGACUGCAAGGAGGUUGAAAUGGAUGACUGGCUUUUCGAGUUUGCUCAGUUAUUCAGAACUCAUGUGGGCAUCGAUCCAGAUGCUCACAUAGAUUUGCAUGAGCUCGGGAUGGAGCUUUGCUCUGAAGCCCUUGAGGAGACUGUGACUAGUGAAGAGGCUCAAGCUCUUUUUGACAAGGCUGCCUUGAAAUUUCAGGAAGUGGCUGCUCUUGCUUUCUUCAACUGGGGAAAUGUUCACAUGUGCGCAGCAAGGAAACGAAUUCCGAUUGAUGAUUCUGCUUCAAAGGAGAUGAUGGCUACACAGCUACAAGCAGCAUAUGACUGGGUAAAAGAAAAGUAUUCUCUGGCCAGAAAGAAGUAUGAGGAGGCACUCUUAAUCAAACCAGACUUUUAUGAGGGAUUGCUAGCGUUGGGGCAGCAGCAAUUUGAGAUGGCAAAACUUUACUGGUCCUUUAUCUUGGCUAAGAAAGAGGACCUAUCAAACUGGGAUCCUACGGAAACUCUUGCGCUCUUUGACAGUGCAGAAGAAAAAAUGAAAGCGGCAACAGAGAUGUGGGAAAAGCUGGAGGAGCAGAGAGCUAAGGAACUAAAGGAUCCUAGUGCCAGCAAGAAGGAUGAACUAUUAAGGAGAAGGAAGAAGCAGGGAAGUGGUCCUGAAGGUGAGGCGUCAGCCGAAAUUUCAGCUGACGAGGCCGCAGAGCAAGCUGCUGUUAUGAGAUCACAGAUACAUUUAUUCUGGGGUAAUAUGCUCUUUGAACGAUCUCAAGUUGAAUGUAAGUUGGCUUUGGCUGGUUGGAAGAAAAACCUCGAUACAGCAGUUGAGCGAUUCAAGCUUGCUGGAGCUUCUGAGAGUGACAUAUCAACAGUUUUGAAGAACCAUUGUUCCAAUGAGGAAGCUACAGAGGGAUCUAAGCAAACGGUUGAGAGCCUGAACACUGACGAAAGUGCUACACUUGAUCUUAGCCAAAAGGCCAACACUGACGAAAGUGCAAAUCACAAGAGUGAUGCUAGUCAAGCUUAGGGAAGUGACCUUCUUUCAGUAUUAUUGGAUUGCACUGGCUAUCACAUGUAUUGGCAUUUUCUUCAUGCAAGUGUCUAAAUUGGAGCAACAGAAGGUUUUCCCUGUUAGAAGAGUUGGUAUCAGUAAGUCUUUCCUCUCAUCGCUGGUGGAGAACUGGCAUCAUAAUGUUCUCUCUCUGAAGGUUCUGGCUUAUAUAUUUGUUCUCAAAGUGAAGCUUAUCAAGCAUUUGUUCGUGAACUGAGAGACAUGAAUCUGAUUUCAUGCUGCUUUCUCGCCCUUUUAUUUGUGCUCUCCUUUGGAAGUUGAUUUCAGAUUUCAAUGUCAGUAUCAUGGCGGAAGACAAAUGCCAUUUUUGCUAAUCUUUUGGGUAGUUGAAAUUUAGAUGCUAAUGGUUGAACUUUUAGAUAGCAGCUACAUCUGCUUCGGAGUCAUGUUUUAAGAUUGAUUUAUUGCAAACCUACUGCUUUUGUUGCUCUUGCUUAGUUGUUUGGACAUUGAUUUUCGAACCCUUUAUCAAGUUCUCUUUUAAUCGACAAGCAAUUUGAUUUA